AUGCACGUGUGCUUCCGCGGCGGCGCCGGCGACAGCAGGGCCGCCAAGUCCAUCAGCGUCGUCAGGGGCUUGGCCAAGAACAUGAAGGCCAUGUCUCUCAGGGCGAAGGCGGCCGGGGGUGCCGGUCAUGCGCGGCGGAGGCAGCGGAAGGAGGCAGACUGCGAUCGUCACAAGGAUGGAUCAGGAGCGGCGUCGGCCAAGAUCACGCCGGCGCAGCUGCAGGACGAUCGCCGACAUGAUCGUCGGCUGCACAAGGAGGAGGACUGCGGCAAGUGCUGCUCUCCUUUGCUGGACGACGGCGGCGCCGACGAUGCGGGUGAAAAGGACGACGACGGCGCCGGCGAGUGGGUGGCGGAGCCGGAGCCGGGCGUACUGAUGACGCUGGCGCCGCGCCCCGACGGCACCAACCGGCUCCGCAGGGUGCGGUUUAGGGGCGAGCUGUUCGACGACUGGGCGGCGCAGAGCUGGUGGGCGGACAACCACGACCGCAUAGUCGAGCUCUACAGCGUUGUCCAGCCCGACGACGAGGCGGCGGCCGCCACGCCUGUCACCCCAUGCCAGCAGUCCGACGAAGAAGAACCGCCGCCGGAGGAGCAGUUGGGGUCGCCGUCGACGUCCAGCUUCUCCGGCGAGCCGUCCACCGGGAGGAGGUCGAGCGGCACGGCGGGGUCGCCGAUACUGGGCCUGGUCACCGCGCCCGACACCCUCGGUGCCAAAACGCUACCAACAAUGACGCAAAACGUCACCAACAAUGACGACGGCGAGGAGGAAGGCGGCAUCAGCGACCAGCAGAGCGGGGCGCAGUGGAGGGAGUGGGUCGAGGAGUACGAGCCCGGCGUGUUCAUCACCGUCCGUGCCUACCCCGACCACCCCCUACAGCUCCGGCACGUCGAACUCAGCCGUGAGAAGUUCGGCGAGGUAAAAGCGAGGGUGUGGUGGCAGGAGAACAUGGACAGGCUGCGCAGCUUCUACUCCUUCUGA